AUUAAUAAAGAAAUAGUCAAUCCACCGUCAACAUAUAUAUUAUUUGCCGGAAAAGAAGAAAGAAACAGAAUCCAAAACAAACACCACCCUUCUCAGAAGUGAUGCUCUCGAUUUCAACUUAGGUAAAAAGAGACAGAACAGGAUUGGUCUCUGAAUUUUUCUUCCAGGAAUCGCAGUUUGGCUUCUUCAAUUGCCCAUAAAUUCAUUGUAACAGAUCUGAAUAAGGUUUUUGCGGUAUUUCAGUCACUGCAUGCAUAUGGGAGCAGUGGUUGUCUUGGACUCCAUAAAAAGCCCACGCUAAUUGCUACAGCAGAUGUGCCAUCAAAACGAUUGACACAACACAAUAAGGCGGUGAAGAAAGCUAGCACAUCAGAGGAUUUCUGGACCACCAGCACACAUGAUAUGGACAACAGCGCUGUUCAGUCACAGGGAAGCAUCUCAUCAACCAGUGUAACCAACCUACCUGCUGAUCCUCAUGCUGGUUCUUCCAACCCAACUGAAUUUGUAAACCAUGGUCUAACUCUUUGGAAUCAGACACGGCAACGUUGGAUAGGAAAUAAUAAAAGGCCUGAGAAACAAACAGAACAAUCGCGUGAACCAAAAUUGAGUUGGAACGCAACGUAUGAUAGUUUACUGGCGAGCAACAAGCCAUUCCCUCAGCCUAUUCCCCUUGCGGAAAUGGUAGAUUUUCUAGUGGAUAUCUGGGAACAAGAGGGCUUGUAUGACUGAACCAUAAAGAUUGAACGAGUGUUGUAUCUAUGAAAUAAUUUUAGUUCUUUAUUCUGAAGAGGAAAUUGGGCAUUCUACAGUUUGUGUAUCUAUUGUAACAUUUAAGAUGAGGAGGAAUUUUCUCCACAGGCCUUUGGCAUAAUUGUAUUAUAAUUUCAUUUAAUUAAUGGCACUGGCUCUGAAGA